GUCAUUUACCUGCCAAGAAAUAUAGUUACCUGAGACCGUCGCGUUCUCAGCCAACUAAGUGUCUACGUCACAAUUGAACUUGGAAAGAAUUUAACAGAAAUUUUACCUACUUAUCAAUAAAAUUCGGUGUCAGUGUGCUCAAAUUCAAUCCCUGAGGGACACCCUAAGAAAGUGUGUUUGCGGAUAACUGUGUCGUGGUUUUCUUUUUUUAAUUUUUGCCGAACAUUAUUGCAACAAUAUCGGUUCUCAAAUUAACAAUGCUAGUCAUCACCGCAGACCUGAAUCUAUUCUAGUCCAUUGAAGAAAAUCUUAUAUUCUAUUCGUAUUCACAAUAUGUCUGAAUCAACACCAAUCUGUCGUUGUAGAGUCCUUUACCUAGGUUCUAGUGUACCUCAACAGACCAAAGAUGGUUUGCAAGGAAUACAAGAACCACUUCAAGAACUCUACCCAGAUCAAGGUGCGACAGGGGCAAAAGGGAUAGACUCCUGGUUAAGUGUAUGGUCAAACGGAAUAUUAUUGGAAAAUGUAGAUGAGAACCAUAAAAAGAUUACUAGGUUUUUCCCAAUUGAGAGUCUGCAUUAUUGUGCGGCUGUAAGAUAUGUUCUAGUCCCAGAAAAAAAUACUCUACAUAGUCCAAAUCCUAGAUUCCUUCCAUUAGAUUCUCCUUUCGCUCGCACUCCCAAUCCCACACAUCCUCCACUUUUCGCUGCCAUUUUGAGAAGAACGACUGGGAUAAAAGUACUCGAGUGCCACGCUUUUAUUUGUAAGAGAGAAGUUGCAGCAAAUGCUUUAGUUAGAUGUUGUUUUCAUGCUUACGCUGAUUCAUCGUAUGCAAAACAAGUGGAUACCGCAGGUAGCAUAUAUGGAACUCUUGCAUCUGAAAGAUUAACUAGUAAAGAAAAGAUAGAUGAAUGGAAGAUGAGUAGAUCUCAAUCAGGUUCCACAAUGACGUUAAAUACUAUAACAAAUACCAAUCAAAAAGAUGAUAUCAGUAUCUAUAAUGGAGAUGAGAAUCAUAAAGUAUGGGCAGGUUCUCAAGACAACUUAGAUGGUAUAUAUGACGUUUAUUCUACUAGUACCAUAUCAAGACCUACUCGUCCAAGACAAAUUUCUCAACCUGUUGCUGUACCGCCUCCUCCGGUUAAAGAUAAAAAGAAAAAAACGAAACAAAAAUCUUUGAGUGGAUCCAGGGAGGAUUUGUACCACCCAAUGAUGAAUGGUAAAGCUAGCAGUUUAGCGGGUUCAGUGGUGAAGACACGACAAAUUCAACCUCAAAUGAACGUAGCACCGCCUCAACCUAUAUACAUAAUGACUCCACAUCCUGGAACUCUCCCAAAUCCAAAAUUCUUCAAACAUCACGGCAAUACCUAUUCCCAUAGACCAAGAAGUAAAGUUCUGAUACCAGCAAGACCCGUACCACCGCCGUUAGUUCCCGUAGCGCCGGUGAUAAUACCAACUACAAUGCAAAAAAACAAAAAGAAGCAUAAACACGUCGAAGAACCGAUUUACAUGCCGAGCAACAGAGCCUUAAGUCCAGUAGCCAGUUAUCAACCUGUAAAUUUUCCCCACGAAGCUUAUUUGAUGCAACAUUACGCAACAAUGGAGUCUCAAGGAAAGCAAAGGAGUAAGAAUAAAGAGAAGAAUUCAGAUAAGGCAAAAUUAAACAAAAAAUUAGGGCAAAGUAUGAAUGGUUUAGACGAUCCUAAUCUAAUUAAUGAUGAGAGUCCUUUUAAUACGGGGAUUUAUAAGAAAAAGGGGCAUUUGAACGAAAGAGCGUUUUCCUAUUCGAUCAGGCAGGAGCAUAGAAGCAGAAGUUAUGGAAGUUUGGCGAACUUGAAGUUUGCUUCCCCAAUUCCAAACGGCCACGAUGUUGAAGACCGUGAAGAUAUGAAGAAAGAAAGGGAAAUUAUGCAAAUGGUACAAGAUUUGGACCUUUCCGGAGACGAGCUGGAAAGAUCUGAAGUACCCAGAGGCAUGUACGAUACUAGAGCUGGGCCUCCUGGACCUGUUAUUGUUACUGCUCCCCAAAUAAAUGGCAGGGGUCACCGAAGAUAAGUCUAGGAAUGGUGAAAUAAAUCUACAAUAUAUUUCUUCCGAACGACAAUUACUUUAGAUGACAGAAUCAACAUAUAUCUUCGAAAUAAGAGUAGGUCAUAAUCAGAUUUUGUGAGUUUAUAGUAGGUACAGUUUGAACACAACGACUUACGUUUAUGAAAUGACACUCAGUUACAUGAGUAUCGUCAUUAAUGAUAACUGACAUUUUUGAUAGAUUAUAUCAUUCAAAUGAUUAUCAUCAUGUCGGCCUGUAUUUUUUGAUUUGUCAUAAUUGUAUCAACUCAAAUUUUCCAAUGAAUCCCAAGACUUCUGUACGGCAAGUAAGCAUUGUAGAAGACUAUACAGAACUUCAAAAAGCAAUCAUUUGGAAAUCAAUAACCGUAGAAAAAUGUAGAAGAGACUUAAUUAAUUCAUUAGGUGUUUGGGAAACUCAUCUCGAGUAUGGAGAUUAUGCGAAAGAAGUUCUGAUGGGAUAUUUGGUUUUAACAAAAGGCGAAUCAAAAAUACCUACCGACUACUCGUACAUCAGUGAACUACAAGUUAAAGAAGACUUUCCAAAUUUGAGCAAUUAUCAGAAAAUAAUACGGCAGCAAACCUACAUGUAUCUUCUUUUAGAAUCGGCUGAAGUGAUAGCCAAAGAGGAACACGAAUCUUCUAAAAUAGCAGCCGAUUACGAGUCGAACAGUUUAGUUAUUCUUAAGCGAUUUGGAUAUGAACAGGAAGGACAAUUAUUAUCUAAAAAAUUAGAGAAUAUUGGGUUUUUGAACGUUUUCAAAAAUAUGGAUUUGGCGUUUGAUGAAAAUAAGAGUCUCAUUGAGAAUCCACUCGAUCCUGAUGCUGCAGAAAAAGAAUGGUUGAAAAAUCAUGACGCAGAUUACAGACGACACAGACUUUUGUAAGAAUCGAAAAUAUAAAUAUUACACUUUUUCACAAUUAAGAAUUUAUCAGUGAAUAUUCUUUUUAUUACAAAAAAAGUGGCAAAAAACUUAAUAUAUCUUGAAUUUGACAGGUUAGUACUUAUUGUUGUUUAACUACUCUUUCAAUACUUCUAUUUACACCGAGGUCUAUUUAGAAAGUAAGUUACCUUUCGUAAUUAGAAAAAAGCAAGAACAAUUCUCCUUUCUCACAACCGCAAAUGAAUCAGGUACUUGUUAUAGCAAAGGAGAAGCUUUGAAGUUAUUUCGUCACAAAAGGGUUGAUUCUCACUAUACACUCCAUUUUGAUCCGUAACCAUUACAUCGACGUCCCAGUAUAAUUCAGUAAUGUUGAUAUAAGUUAUGUUGAUAUAAGGUUCGUUUCAACCCAUCAAAACACCGUCCUUGGUACGGUGACGAUUCUGCGAAUAGAGAUAACGUGUUCCAACCUGGCGGUUACCGUUACGAACGAUUCUUAUUUGUGUUCUUCUUCUUCUUCUUCUUCUUAUUUUAAGACUAUGUCUUGUGUUUUCAAAGAGGCAGCCUAAGUUGUGACUCCGAGGACCAGCUUUCAUACCAGCGCUUUGGUGGUCUUCCAGGCGGUCUACUUGUAUUGGAUCUCUCUUCCUUUGCGAUUUUCGCCAGUCGAUCGUCGUCCAUUCUAUUGAUAUGAUCUCUCCAUGCUCUUCUUCUAGUUCUGGCCCAUCUCACUAUAUCCGGAACGUCACACAUUCUUCUAAUUUCAUUGCUUCUUAUUCUUUCUCUUAGUGUUUUCCCUGUGAUCGAGCGUAAUGUCUUCAUCUCGGUCGAUCUGAGAAUCCGCUUAGUAGUUGCAGUCUCCGCCCUCGUUUCUAUGGCGUAUGUCAUUACUGGUAUGACACAAGUUUUAUAUAUCCGUGUUUUGCUUUCGAUACUUAAAAAUUUAUUACUCCAUAUCACGGUUCGAAGGAAUCCCGAUAUCCUAGAUGCUGCUGUUGUUUGCGUUUUGACUUCUUGUUUCAAGUUCCUAUUGCUCGUGAUGUUAACCCCUAAAAAUUUAAAGGACAUAACCUGCUCUACACUUUUAUUAUAAAUUGCCAGUUUGCAUCUUCUUGGUUCUCUCGCUAUUGUCAAGGAUUGUGUCUUUUGUGUCGAUAUGAUCAUAUUGAAUUUUCCUGCAACUGUUUCAAAUCUGUGUAGCAGUUUUUGCAGAUUAUCCUCAUCUUCGGAUAUCACAACCGCGUCAUCAGCGUAGCAAACUAUUUUGAAUUCAUGUUUUCCCAUUCUGUAUCCUCUGCCUGCCGUUUUGACUUCUUUUAUGAUUUCGUUCAUUAUAAUGUUGAAGAGUAUUGGGCUGAGACAAUCUCCUUGUCUGAUCCCUGUUGAUACUGGCAUUUUACUGGAGAGUUCGUUGUUUAAUCUUACAUAUGUGCUAUUUCCGUUGUUCAUGUCCCGAAUGAUGUCUAUUUUCCUUUGGUUUACACCUCGUUCUUUUAGUAGCUCAAUGACGUCAUGUAAUCUCACUCUGUCAAAUGCUUUUGUUAAGUCUAUGAAGCACAUUAACGCGGUUUUAUUGUAUUCUAUGGCCUUUUCGGCAAUCUGUCUUGAGAUGAAUAUAGCGUUAUGGUUGAUCUAUUUUGUCUAAAUCCCUGUUGUUCUUUGCUCAUGCCGCUACUUGAGAUUUCUUCUGCAAUAAUUUUUGUUAGUAAUUUUGAAGUCGUGCUUAGGAGGCUGAUCCCUCUUUAAUUAUUUGGUUCUUUCUUUUCCCCUUUUUUUAUUUGUGUUCCAACUGAUUUAAAUAUCGUCUGUGAACCGCUUCCUGACGGUCUUUUCGAUACUGGGAUAUCAAGUACUGUUACAAGAACCGUGUAUAGCCGGAGAUUGUGCUGAAAAUAUCUAUACCGUUUUAAGUACGAUCCCGACUAGCAGGUUGGAACAAACCUCUAGAAAUCAGCUUGAAAUGUGAUUAGAUAUGUUUACAAAGAUUAUUUCAAUUCUCCAAUAGGGGCUGACGACUGGCAAAUGGAUGUGAUUUAAAAAGCUUAGCCCCUAUUAUUAUAACAUAUUAAUUUUAUAAGUACUUUUUUGUUUCAUAAUGUUUCUGGAAUGAAAUAAAUAUAUAUAAAUAUUUUUGUGCUUACACAAUGCGACGUUUAGUUCUUUUACAACUGCUUGUCUUUAAAGUUAUAGUCACUAUAUCUACUAUUUUCAAAAUCAUAAAGGGUCUAACUCAUUUAGCUUCUCGUCAUUCAUAUUUAAAUCACUUCUCUGUAAUAGAUAACUGUACGUUUCAGCCUCUAAGGUAAAAAUAAGUUUCGAAUGAUUUUUAACGGAUUGGAAAAGGAACGUAUAUGGAACGGAAGAUGUGUAUACACACAUUAUUUUACAUUUAAUAAUAUUUGAUGUAAAUGAAAAGGAAGGAAAAUGGAAGUAUAGUGAGAAUCAACCUUUAAUUUUCCUUCUUCGAUCUGUCUCUUCGAUGCAGCUAGUUGUCGUCAUUGAAGCAUUGAGUUGUUACAAAGUUCUUUACCCUUUAUGAAAGUAUUUAUCACAAGAUCAGUACUAUAGAACCUUAUGAGCAGAAAACUCACAUUUGAAUAAAUUGUGCAGCUCUUGACUGUGACUUGCAGUGUGAGCUGAAGCAUUGAAAUGCACAUCUGGCUUUUCCUAGAAAACAGUAACCAAGAUCUUCCUUUGUAAUAAGAUUUGAGAAGAUUUUCUUUUUUUUUUGGAGAAAAAGUUAUGUGCCUCUUGUCUAUGAACUGUAAUUUCGUUUAGCAAUUUACGUGUUGUAGGCGGUCGGAAGUAUCGCUAACAUUUAUUGUAGUCUGUAGGCGAUUUUGCCAACCAUUAUUGACAACAUAUAUGUUAGUACAGUUUCAUUAUUUCAAAAAAUAAAGAGCAUGAAACUUGUUGAAAAUGGAGCAAAUGCGUGAAACAAUAUCUUGAACGUAUUUUGGCUGUCCAAUCAUCUCUUCAUUAUAAACGUGUGUUUUGUUUCCAACAAAAAUUAAAUCACAGAGAGUCAUGAUGAUUGCACGCCGUCUAAGGUACCCUAAAAAAUAUGUAAUCAGCGCUCCUAACGGCAAUUGGAACGAUUUAUUACCCAAUAAAUAGCCCCCGAAUUAUAUAUUCAUCACAACUGUCCCUUUCCUUUAAUUCAUUUAACGCCUUUUCUAUAUCAAAAUGAAUGAUUUUGAUUAUUUGUAAGAGUCGAAUUAAAUAUUUUCCCUCAGUGGUAUAGGUGGUAUAGUGUAUGUUUUAUCAUAUUAAUUAUUUAAAAAGAUCCUAUUACAUUUUUUUAUUACCUUCCCAUGUUUUUUUUCAAACUUGUUGAAGGGGCAGAUCUUUUCUCUACUUAGUAUCUACGCACUUAAUAAUUUAAAGGUGAAUAGUUUUUGAACGGAAUAAUACAAAAAAUAUGAGAAUUGAAUGACUAAUAAGGGUUAAGCAAGUUGUUAAGUUAUUGGAGACACACAUGUUUAAUAACCAAUAUAUAAAAUUGGAUAUUUUGAACAUUUUUGAUCAUUAAACAAUAUGAUUAUCGUUAUGUUAUGAUAGCGACAGAGAUUCUUAGGAAGGAAAACAAAUCUAUCCCUACAACAAGCCUCUGGUAUUAAACAUUUCUUAAAGUAUCCUAACGGUUUGCCAAGUUUUAACAGAAAAUAAUGGAAUAUUCGUAAUUUCUCGGAAAUGAUAAGUAUUUUAAAUAAACAAGUUUUUUUUUAUUUGUUCUUAUUCUGUAACACAAAGUUUCUCCAAAUUAUAACACAAGUAAAAUUAAUUAAAUGUAUACAUUAAGUAAGUUCAGUAAAACGUCGUCUUUGAUGAGGAUCAUUUGAUCAGAUCUAUUUCAUUCACCCUAAUAGAAUGUGAGUACUUCAAAGAAUUUUUUAGAUUUCUUUCUUCUGUUACUUCGAUUGAAUUAUUUGAUUCUGUAAAUACGUUCUAAUACUUUUUUAAUCAUAGUAAUAUUGUAGAUUAUGAAGUGUAAAUAAUAUCAUUGAUAAAUUCCAUUAUAAUAUCUUUAUUCUAAAUUUGCUCAAAGUUUUCGCUUGGGAUAUUACAAAUUAAGAGUUUAUUAGAUAAAAGAUGAUAGAGAUUAAUUUGAGAAGAUGUUUGAGCUGCAUCGACCGAAAAAGAAAUUAGAAAUAAUGAAAAAGGGGUAAAACAUUAUAUAUCUUUCAAUAUCUUAAUGACAUAUAUAUAUAGUUUCAAUUUUCGUUUUUGAAUGUUUUGUGGAGCUUCUAUCUCAUUGAAAUAUAUUAAAAAAAGAAGUAGAUUUUGCUUUA